AUGCUCACAUCUAGGCUGUUCCUACGGCGACCGCCUCGAAUACCACUCUUCAAACCACUCUAUGGCAUCUUGGGCGGCACAGCAAUUGUGACUUACGAGUAUUUGGCACCACCUUUUGAACGAGGCACGGAAGAAUAUCAAGAACUACAGGAGGAAAUAGAAGAGAUUCUCGAUACAUCGCCUGUCGUGGAAGAGUUGCGCGAACAUGGAUGGUUCGAAGAGCCGGUGGUACCUUCCAAGACUAUGCAUGUUCCUGGCGAUAGACACCUGGUUCAAGAUACAUUGACGGGUGUACAAGGUUUGACGAUGAAGCAGUUUAGACAUCCUGACCAACAGACAGCUUCGGCUGUCGUGUUCUUCGCAGGCUUUGGGCUUGAAGGCUGGCCGGACUACCUUCACGGAGGUGCUAUUAUGUCAAUGUUCAAACAAGCUUACGACAGACACUUGACACCUUUAAUAAAGAACGAAGGAUUGACUCUGGCUUUCAAUGCGGACGAAGACAUUGAGGCUGCGUUCGACGUGAACAGCUUCACUUUCCACAAGCCUGUACGCCCAGGGGAAAUAUACACCGUUUUUGUCUUCUCGCAAGGAUUCGGCACAUCCUACAAUACCAAGACUGGAUCGAGUAUGAUGGUUGAUUCGGCGCAACUCAUUCUUACUCCUGGCGACUUUAUGCCAGAGAUAGCAUUUCAUCCAGAAAGAGUAGACGUCAACGUCCCAGAAAAUGUCAUACACGCUACUUGUCUGGUCAGAGUCAUGCUAGACACGGACAGAGUCAGCAAAGGUGAGCUCGGUGAUAAACGACUAGAGCAGUUGACUGCGGAAGCCAAGAGAAUAUCCGAGAAAUACGAGUCUUCACAUAAAGCUGCGAUGCCACGGUCUACCACGGGCUUUGGCAAAGAUGGUGGAUGA